GAGGGUUGUAACUGCGGGGGAUCACCUUGUUCAGUACAGUUUGCCGGCAUCUGUCAGACGGUUGGAGAGCAGUGCGGUUAGCGGAACUGUUUGCUGCUUUACGUAGAUUGCACACAGGUCAACAUGUCUGAGGCAGGUAGUGCUUUCAUUCAGACCCAGCAGCUGCAUGCUGCCAUGGCAGACACCUUCUUGGAGCACAUGUGCCGUCUGGACAUAGACUCUGAGCCAAUUGUGGCACGUAACACUGGCAUUAUCUGCACUAUUGGCCCAGCCUCCCGUUCUGUGGAAAUACUAAAGGAGAUGAUAAAAUCUGGAAUGAAUAUUGCUCGUCUGAACUUUUCCCAUGGAACACAUGAGUACCAUGCUGGCACAAUUAAAAAUGUACGUGAAGCCACCGAGAGCUUUUCUUCCAAUCCCAUUCACUACCGGCCUGUGGCAGUGGCCUUGGACACAAAGGGACCAGAAAUCCGCACUGGUCUCAUCAAAGGAAGUGGUACAGCAGAAGUGGAGCUCAAAAAGGGAGCAACCUUGCGUAUCACUCUUGAUGAUGCCUUCCAGGAAAAGUGUGAUGAGAAUAUACUGUGGGUGGAUUACAAAAACCUUACAAAAGUGGUGAAACCUGGCAGCAAGAUCUAUGUGGAUGAUGGACUUAUUUCCUUGCUUGUUAAAGAGACUGGUGCAGACUUCUGCUUGACUGAGGUUGAGAACGGGGGCAUGUUAGGAAGCAAGAAGGGAGUGAACCUCCCUGGGGCAGCUGUGGAUUUGCCUGCCGUAUCUACAAAAGAUAUCCAAGAUCUGCAGUUUGGUGUGGAGCAAAAUGUUGACAUGGUUUUUGCUUCUUUUAUCCGAAAGGCAGCAGAUGUACAUGCAGUGAGGAAAGUUCUUGGAGAGAAAGGCAAAAACAUCAAGAUUAUCAGCAAAAUUGAAAACCAUGAGGGCGUGCGCAGGUUUGAUGAGAUUCUAGAAGCAAGUGAUGGUAUAAUGGUGGCACGUGGUGACCUUGGUAUUGAGAUCCCUGCUGAAAAAGUCUUCCUGGCCCAGAAGAUGAUGAUUGGACGAUGCAAUCGUGCUGGCAAACCUGUGAUCUGUGCCACUCAGAUGCUGGAAAGCAUGAUUAAAAAGCCUCGUCCAACACGCGCUGAAGGUAGCGAUGUGGCCAAUGCUGUACUGGAUGGGGCUGACUGUAUAAUGUUGUCAGGGGAGACUGCAAAGGGAGACUACCCACUGGAGGCUGUCCGCAUGCAGCAUGCUAUUGCACGAGAGGCAGAAGCAGCCAUUUUCCACCGGCAGUUGUUUGAGGAACUGAGACGUGUGUCCCCACUGACCCGUGAUCCCACAGAAGCGACUGCUGUUGGAGCAGUAGAGUCAUCAUUCAAAUGCUCCAGUGGAGCCAUCAUCGUGCUUACUAAAUCUGGCAGGUCUGCACAUUUAGUAUCUCGGUACCGCCCACGCGCACCCAUCAUUGCUGUGACUCGUAAUGGGCAGACAGCACGUCAGGCACAUCUCUACCGUGGCAUUUUUCCUGUCCUCUAUAGAGAAGCAGUGCAUGAGGCAUGGGCUGAGGAUGUUGAUAUGAGGGUCAACUUUGCAAUGGACAUUGGCAAAGCCCGUGGCUUUUUCAAGAGUGGGGAUGUUGUGAUCGUACUCACUGGCUGGCGGCCAGGCUCUGGUUUCACCAACACCAUGCGUGUGGUUCCAGUGCCUUAAUCUGAGAACCUGCUAACAAAACUCCAAAUCUGUUGUCCCCUUUUUUCUGCACUCAUCACCUUGCAGAUAUAAACUCUGAAGGCCAGAUUAUAUACCCUUUAUUUGUGGCAUUGAGAGAGACAUUAGUGUUUGUGCGCAGCACGGAAUUCCAUUGUUCCAUUGCUUAUUACACUCCCUGUGUUAGUCGGUUAUUGCAAGUGCUGCCCACAUAUACAUGGAAAGAUGUGUAGCAAUAUCUGUAAUUACACUCCUUUCUCAGCCCUUCACUUGUGCAAGAAAUUGCCUUGGAUGUGCAGUAAGUUUGCUCCUUAUCUCUGGUCCGAGCAGCUGCGUAGUUUGUUUUGCUUGUGGUUAGGGGAAGGCUUUGUGUUGUCUUCAUCCUGUCUGAGAUGCACUGAGUUUAGUGUUAAUAAAUCAAUGCUUAUGCAGCCUC